AUGGUGGGCAAGAAGGAAGUUGCAAAGCCCAAAGCUGCCCCGCGCGGGGCCGCGAAGGCGAAAGUUGCGACUGGUGCUCCCGAAGUAAAGAAAGUCGACGGCGGAGAUAUGGACACAGAUACUGUUGGUGCCAACCCUCAAACGACAGCGGGCGAUGACGCGACAGACCUCAAUCCCGGCGCAUCCACAUCGGCAGAGGCGACACGAAAGCGACGAGCGCCGCUUACCCAUGCCAAAGACGAGUUCGCCGCCCUUCUCGAGCCUUUCUACUACGGAAAGAGUUUGACCGACCCGAUUAACACAGCGCGCGACAAAUGGAAUUUACUGCCCGCAUUCCUGAAGACCAAGGGUCUUGUCAAGCAGCACGUCGACUCGUACAACCACUUUGUCGAUGUGGAACUUAAGAAGAUCAUCAAGGCCAACCGUUUCGUCCGUAGCGAUUUCGACCCCAAGUUCCUUCUCGAGUACACAGACAUCCGCGUCCUUUCCCCGAACCGACAGGAAGAAGAUGACCUCGAUCACCACCGCAGUACCAUUACACCGAACGAGUGUCGAUUGCGCGAUAUGACAUAUGCUGCGCCGAUUGUAGUGGACAUUAUAUACACCCGCGGCAAUGCGAAAGUCAAGCGGACAGGCAUCAAGAUUGGGCGUAUGCCUAUUAUGCUGAAGAGCAACAAGUGUGUGCUCGCAGGAAAAAACGAUCGCGAAAUGGCAGUCAUGGAGGAGUGUCCGCUAGACCCAGGAGGCUACUUCAUCACACGAGGGCAAGAGAAGGUCAUUCUGGUUCAAGAGCAGCUGAACAAGAACCGUGUCAUUGUUGAGAGCGCAAAAGGUAUCAUGCAAGCCAGCGUUACGAGUUCUACGCACGAGAGGCGAACGAAGACGUACGUUAUUCAGAAGAAGGGUCUUAUGUACCUUCGACAUAACACGCUUUCCGAAGAGAUUCCGAUCGUCUUUGUAAUGAAGGCACUGGGUGUACACUCCGACAAGGAGAUUCUGCUCAUGAUAGCCGGUGAGGACAGCGCGUAUCAAGACAACUUCGCUAUCAACUUUGAGGCGUGCGCAAGGGAACAGAUACACACCCAGGAGCGAGCGCUUGAGUACAUCGGCCAUCGCGUACGAUUGGUGAAGAAACCGCUUGGUACUUCGCGCAGCCGGAACUAUCACUUGGAGGCCAUCGAGUGCUUGUCCAACGUCGUCCUUCCCCACGUACCAGUCGAAGGCACAAAUUACCGGCCAAAGGCCCUUUACGUUGCCCUCAUGGCACGAAGGGUUCUGAUGGCCAUGCAAGAUCCAAAAUUGGUGGAUGAUCGCGACUACGUUGGAAACAAGCGUCUUGAGCUAUCUGGUCAGAUGUUGUCACUUCUAUUUGAGGAUCACUUCAAGCGUUUCAACCAUGACUUCAAGCUGAGUAUCGACAAGGUACUCAAGAAACCAGUCCGAGCGCAAGAAUUUGACGCCUUUUCCCACUUCAGUGUACACAAGAACCACAUCACCAUGGGUGUCGAGCGUGCCAUUGCGACCGGAAAUUGGAGUUUGAAGCGUUUCAAGAUGGAGAGAGCUGGUGUUACACACGUCUUGAGCAGACUGAGUUACAUCGCCGCGCUAGGUAUGAUGACGCGAAUCAGUUCACAGUUCGAGAAGACGCGGAAGGUGUCUGGUCCUCGUGCGCUGCAACCAUCACAAUUUGGUAUGCUUUGCACUUCCGAUACCCCGGAAGGAGAAGCUUGCGGUCUUGUCAAGAACUUGGCAUUGAUGACGCACAUCACAACUGAAGACGACGACGAUCCGGUGCGCAAGAUCGUGUUCAUGUUAGGUGCUGAAGACAUUUGCUCGCAAACAGGAGAAGAAAUCCAUUCUGAGGGUGUGUACAGUGUAUGUCUCAACGGUACACCUAUCGCCGUCACCGAUACGCCGAAGCGGUUCCUCAACAGCUUCCGGAAACUCAGAAGAAUGGGCCGUAUCUCGGAGUUCACCAGUAUCCAUAUUGACCACGACCACUGCGAAGUCCACAUCGCCACAGACGAAGGGCGAAUUUGUCGGCCGAUGAUCAUCGUUGAGAAUCAACGCUCAAAGGUUACCUCGCGAUAUCUGAAGGCUCUUCGCAAGGGCACAAUGGAGUUCGAGGAUUUCCUGCACAGAGGUCUAGUUGAAUAUCUCGAUACCAACGAAGAGAACGAUACAAACAUUGCUUUGAAGGAGAGCGAGAUCAACCAACACACCACACAUCUCGAGAUCGAGCCCUUUACCAUUUUGGGCGCUGUCGCUGGUCUUAUUCCAUACCCUCAUCACAACCAAUCGCCUCGUAACACCUAUCAAUGCGCUAUGGGUAAGCAAGCUAUUGGAGCGAUCGCCUAUAACCAAUUCAACCGAAUAGAUACACUGCUAUACCUCAUGGUCUACCCACAACAGCCGAUGGUCAAGACCCGCACCAUCGAACUUACCAAAUAUGACAAGCUGCCCGCUGGUCAAAACGCAACUGUCGCGGUCAUGUCCUACUCCGGAUACGAUAUCGAAGAUGCGCUCAUUUUGAACAAAGCCUCUUGCGACCGAGGGUUCGGUCGCUGCCAGGUCUUGAAGAAGCACGUCACGCCACUGAAGACGUAUGCCAAUGGUACCUCCGACCGUAUCAAUGCCGGCGCUCUCGACGUGGACAACGCCAGCCACCAAGCCAUCGGACAAGACGGUAUUGCCCAAGUCGGCGCCCGCAUAGAAGCUGGUGAUGCUUACCUCUUGAAAUCGAUUCCUCAAGAUACCGCCGGACCUGCAACAAAUGUGUACAAAGACAAGCCUGACAAGUACAAAAUGCCCGACUGCAGCUACAUCGACAAAGCCUGCAUCACCGAGAAUGAAGCAGGAACCACGCUGAUCAAGCUCCUUAUGCGACAAACCCGCCGGCCAGAACUGGGCGACAAAUUCUCCUCGCGCCACGGUCAAAAAGGUACAACAGGUCUAAUUGUGCAACAAGAAGAUAUGCCCUUCAACGACCAAGGUAUCUGCCCCGACAUCAUCAUGAACCCCCACGGUUUCCCCUCGCGUAUGACGGUAGGAAAGAUGAUGGAACUCCUCUCUGGCAAAGCAGGCGUCCUAAACGGCACCCUAGAAUAUGGAACCGCAUUCGGUGGCUCCACUGUCGAAGACAUGUCGCAAAUCCUUGUGGAAAAGGGCUUCUCGUACACUGGAAAAGAUUACCUCACCAGUGGUAUCACGGGAGAAGCACACCAGUUCUAUACCUUUUUCGGUCCGAUUUAUUACCAGAAGCUCAAGCAUAUGGUGCAGGAUAAGAUGCACUCGAGAGCUAGGGGUCCGCGCGCUAUCUUGACCAGACAGCCUACUGAGGGUCGUGCGAGGGAUGGUGGAUUGCGCUUGGGUGAGAUGGAACGUGAUUGUUUGAUUGCGUAUGGUGCUUCUCAGCUGCUGCUUGAGCGGUUGAUGAUUAGUUCGGAUGCGCAUAACGUUGAUGUUUGUGAGAAGUGUGGGCAAAUGGGUUAUAGCGGCUAUUGUAAACUCUGCGAAAGCGAAAAGGCGGUUCGAAAGAUCACCAUGCCUUAUGCGGCUAAGCUUUUGAUCCAGGAGCUGGGUAGUAUGAAUGUCAAGGUAACAAUUGGACUGGAAGAUGAGUUCCCUCGGGAUGCUUAG